AUGGAUGGAACAAACUGGAACAGCCCCAGCACCGUGGAUAAAUGGAAACUGGAAGGCUGUGAUGGAUUUGUUAUCGAAAUUGCUCGUGGACUCAUUGAAUCAGAGAUGCAGCAAAUGUCGGAGGAAGUAUUAAACAUCCCUUUUAUUGUUAUGGAAGCUGAUAUACGACCCUCAUCUCCAAAUAUUCAUUUAGCUGUGCUUGCUGCAGUUCUUUGUAUUAAAAAUUCUACUCAAAUUGAACCAAAAAUUCUCAGUGAAAUACCUGUACCGAAAAUGAAAUUUGUGAUGGAAGGAAGCAAAAAUGAUGAUGUUACAAUCCAUAAUUGCUCUUUGUGCUCAGAACACGUGUUUCUCAUUGAACGUCUCAUAGCACAGAAGAAAGUGUAUCAUCGAAAAUGUUUCAUUUGCUCAGAAUGCGGUAAAUUAUUGCAUCGUUUUUCAUACCGCAAUCAAAAUGGAGCGCUCGUUUGCUACACACAUUUACCAUAUUCUGUGUUGGCAAAAGAGAUCCAGAAAAAAGUGCAGUUCCGCUCUGUAAAACCUCGUCCACCACCGAAACCUGUUUCUUUAAGAAAACAAAAUUAUGCUUUCUGUUCAAGCAGCAAGAAAAAUAAUGAAUCUUCAAAUGAAAUGGAAUGUAAUCUGCUUCAAUCUCAUGACAUGAAACAAAAUUCUAUUCCUUCUCAAAUCUUUACUAGAAUCAAUUCUGCCAGGAAGGAAGCAUCUUGUUCAAGCUCAGAAACACGUCCUGUACCACCACCAAGACCGAAGCGUAAAAGCUUCAUACAGUUAUCGCAAGCUUAUUUGGGAGAACAAAGUGGGGGGCAUUUUAUUGCAGUUUCAAAAGAUGAUGUUCAGCCUGAAGUUACUGCAGUUCAUACUAAUGUAAAUGAUUACACAGAUACUUCGAAUUCAUUUGGCUUUGAUGAUAAUAAAGAUUGCAAAAGUGAAAAUAACGACUAUGGUUAUUCUCCAAAUCCAUGUGAGUUGGAUCUCAGUAAUGCAAAUUCUAUCCCCGAGCACAACAGCUUAACCCGAGUCUGUAGGUUCUCUUCAAAUUCAUGUACUAAAAAAACUCGCCCGAAGUCUCCUCCUCCAUCACCACCUCCUCCAAAACCACCGCGUGUUAUGCACUCGUUACCAAUUAAAGAACUCAGUACAUUUUCAUCAGAUGUUAAUUGUGCUGUGAUCAAUUUUACCGAAGAGAAUUACGAUAGUAUGUCUAUUAGUUCGAUCGAAAAAAUUCUGAAUCUUUUGAAUGAACAACUGAGUUUAACAGAAUCGCAAGGAACAGCAUUAGAAGAACAACUGUAUGUAAUUAUGAAACAAAAAGGUGAGGAAUGGCAUAACAAUGAUAAUAUUUCUCAGUGGAUAAAUAUAUUUGGUAACCAUUGCGUCCUACUUCGAAAGCAGACGAUUUGCAUCAAAAAGUUGAUGGAAAAAUUUUUGGAUCAGAUUCAUGCUAAAACAGAAUUGGAACUGCGACUUUUGAUAGAAGAUGAAGAAGGGUUAGACAAAAGUUCAGAUGACGUCAAACGUGAAGCUGAACUUUUGGAACUUUUGAUUGACAUAAUUGAACAAAGGAGCUUGCUGGUUGGAGCCAGAAUGUUGGAAUCGAAUUGGGAGAGCAAACACGAAGGUCAGCGACUAACUGAAUUAUGUACGACUGAGUCCAAGAAAAUCAGUGAAGCAAAUCAAGAUACGUUUGAAGAAGUUACGAAGAAGAUUGACUAA